AUGCUCUGGCGCUCGCUCGUAUUCGUGUCGUGUGCAAGCUUCGUCUACUCAUCCUCGUCGUCUGCGAAUGAACAGCAGCUUUUCGUAACCCCCAGUGGUCCCAGCCAAGGUGUCCUCAAACGAUACGCCUUCCCGCGGCUCCAGGGCUUGCGCCCAGAGGACCUACUCGAACAGGCAGAGGCUUCAGAUGCCACCAUAUGGGCUGUAGGGCCAUCUCAUGUGGACGUUGUCUUCCAGAGUCCUGGGCAGCGAUGGGACCUCCCCUACUCGGAAGUAGGCUCGCUAUCGCUUAACAGCCUGGAAGACCUGCACCGCUAUACUGGUCAAUGGGACCUCGGGUCCCUGUCGAACUCGACGUACCACUCUGUCUACCACCCUCUAUACGAGAUAGAGGGCUUCGUCGAAACGGUCGCGCGCACACACCCACACCUCGUCCAGCUCGUAAACCUAGGACACUCUGCCGAAGGCAGAGAAAUGACCGCGAUGCGCAUAUCCAGGGGCGACGACGCACUACGAAAGACCUCUAGGAAAGAGAAAGUCGGGUUCGUCCUUACGGGCGCCCAGCACGCUCGCGAGUGGAUAGCGACAUCAACGGCGCUGUACCUCACACAUGCCCUGCUUGCCGAUGAAGCCGAGGACUUCGGCCUGUCUUCUUGGCUGGAUUACUUCGACUUCUAUAUCAUUCCGGUACCCAACCCGGAUGGCUAUGUCCACACCUGGAAUCAAGACCGACUUUGGUACAAAAACAGGCAGAUCGUCGGCCCGGCCGAGAAGUGCGUAGGAGUCGAUAUGAACAGGAAUUGGGGCCACAAGUGGAAGUCAAAAUCCCAUCUACCCUCGCUCACCGGAGACGCCAACGUGACGUCGUCCAACAAGCAACGGGAGGCCGACCCCUGCUCGCCGUGGUACCCGGGACACCGCCCGUUCGAGGCCCCAGAAGUGAAUAACAUCGCGAAUUUCAUCACGACUCUACCUUCACUCAAGGCCUACGUCGACCUCCGGAGCUACGGACAAAUGCUGUCGACGCCGUAUUCGUUCUCGUGCAAGAAGUACCCGAAGGACGCGGAGGACCUGCUGGAGGCCGCGCUCGGUGCUGCCCACGCGAUCAAGCAAAUUCAUGGCACUCCGUUCACCACCGGCAGCCUUUGCGAGCAGCUGUAUAAAGCGUCCGGGAACGUCGUCGACUACAUGUACGCCAAGGCGGGCAUUAAGUUUUCUUACUCCGUCCAUCUGCGCGACACCGGCACGUACGGCUUUUCCCUCCCCGCGCAGUGGAUCAGGCCGGUUGGCGAGGAGACGUCGAGCAUGAUUCAUUUCCUCGCGGGCUUCAUCUCUGGCCGCAACAAGAAAGGUCGCCAGUGUAACAUCGUAUGUUCAGUCUGGUCGUGUCUGUGAAGAGUCCUGCUUCCGAUAUCUUCCGAGCGUGCGUAUGUACGAAUAUAACCUGCGGAGUCCACACACAUACUUGGUUUGAAAGGUGCGCCACGAUGAGUGCGAAGCAGGCUCGUCCAGAGAUACGUCCGCAGAGAAAGAGGGGUGUUGGUAUAUUGAGACUGUACAACUGGCGCGAUCUAUGCGCGAACACAGCACGUAUGGACAAGGAUGGAGGCCGGGGAUGGGGGAUGGGAGAGGAUGAGUAUAUGCGAGGGCUAAUAAUGCAACAGGUGCGGGGCGGGGGCCCGUCCGAACGUCCGUGGAAAUAGUAGAUGCAUGCUACAUAGUUAGAGAAGAUAAUCACAGAAAAGCAGCGGGGCGUGUCCGUGCGCGGGCGUCGUGUGCGCACAGCAGCAGCGGCCCCGCGUGUCGUCGUCGUCGUAGCGUCAGAGAGACAUCAUUCAUGAGAACUCGCGCCCUAGCGCGCUCCGCCGCCGCUCGUCGCUGGAGUUGAUCUCGGGGUCCAUGCGUCCAAUAACCUCCUCUGACGCGAUACUGAACCCGCUCCGCACGCUCCCAGUCGACCCCAUCCGUGGGCGCACGUAGUUCGGCGGGAGCCCCAUUCCGUCCGGCAGUGCUGAUAGCACACCUGCGCGCGGGCCUUCCAACGGACCAUCGCGCCGCGCACUCCCCGUAUACGCAAUGGGGUCGAGCGGCGCGCGACGGGAACUCGAACUCCGCUCCGCCGUAGUCGACACCGGGCUCCUGCUGCCGCUCGACUUGCGCGGACCGAAGACCUGCAGGGACUCGAGGAAGUUCUCGUUCAUCUCGCGGAGGCGUUCGUCAACGUCGCCCUCCGUCGCGAGCAUCGGGAACGGCGUGGACACCGUGCGCGCACGUGUGGGGGCAAGAGGGGCAACCUCGCGGUCGCUCGACUCGGACUCCUCGCGGAUGGUGUGCUCGCGCCCGUGGCGUGGGGGGCUCGGCGCGGGCGAGUCGUCGCGCCUAGAGAGUGGCUUGCGCGCGUCGAUGUCCUGCACGAACGUCGAGAUGUCGUCAUCGUCCGUGUGUGUACUCAAGUAUGACGUGCCCGGGACCUUCUCCAGCUCCUUGAUUGCGCCUCCCCUAGGACUGCUUCGCGGACUGGCCUCCCGACUAAGAGGUGUCCCGGGCGGGCGACUAAAGCUACUUGUGUACCUGCGGCCUUGCUGUCUAGGUGAGCCUUGCAGGCCCCCUGAGGCGGGGCUGGCAGGCACGCCCUCCCCUGAGGCUGGUGAUCGCCCCGAACCCAGGCUCGACGGCGCGAAGGUCGGAGACGGUCGGAAGGGAGUGACAGGGGAAGAUGCGAAGUUGCUCCCAGCACCUAUGGGCGACGGGGGCACGCGGGAUGCCGUGGGUGACUGCGCUGGACGCGACGGAAGUGACGGGCCGGCCAUUGAGAGCGGAGACUGCUGCCGCAGGGACGGUGACGGCGAGUGAAGAGAAGGUGAACCGGAUGAGAUUGUAGACGACUUGAACGCGUUCACCGACGUGAUUGGCGUGCGGCGGAUCGGUACACCUCCGGCGGUCGCGCCAUCCUGCGAGCUUCUACCAUGCAAGCUCUCGCGUCGAACGCGAGCAGCGAGUGCGGACACAUCCUCACGCGACCCUAAAGAGGCCGCACCCUGCCUGGAUGAAGACGAGUCUGACACACCGGACGUGCCCAUGCCCGCUCCAGAUAGAUUGCGUGUGACUGGGAGCGCGAUGUUGCCCAGCCGCGGGCUUCCGCUUGGGCUUCCUCGAAUACCUUGCGUCGAGGAAAAUGAUGUCGUCCGGGUAUGUGUAGACGGCGGAAUGACAAAACGUUCCGCGACUGAUCGCGGUGGUGAACGAGGGAGUGAAGUGCGCAGGGCUAAGCUCCCGGGCGAGCCCGAUAUGCUGUCGCGCUGCUGGUUCUUCACCAGGGUCGGCGUGAAGUCUGGGCCCUCUGAAAGGAACCGCGAGGACAGUAGCGACUCCUUCGUGUCUAGCUGAAAGUUGGGGUGUAGCAAAUAUGUCGCUGAGAUUCCCAGUUCGCCCAUGGGGUGCGUGAUAGGGGGCAGUACAUGCCUCUCCCUCUUCAGUACUGAUGCCACAGACGCGGGGGUGGUAUCGAAGGUCAUAAUUUCAUCAGGCCGAAUGCUUCCAUCGACGCUGUCCACACGUAGACGAAUACUGAAGUUCCCAUUGCGGUUGCCGCCCACCCGCCUGCGCAGCCGACGCGCGAGCUUCCAGGCGGGCAGCACACGGAGCAGCGUGAAUAUGCUCCGGAAGAGCGGGAUGCCGUGCUUGUAUAUGGUCGACGGCGCGACGUCCGUGCGAUCGUCGCUGUAAUGGGAUCCGGCGCGGUUCGGGGCGAACUCGAGGUCCCAAGCCUCGAGCACGAUGAAGCGCGGGGUAGGGUCGAUGCGCACGCGCGACGAGUCGGGGGCGGUGUAGACGAGAACUUGGUUGGUAGCUAACUCGGGGAUACAUAGGAGGACUUGGAGCUGGAAGAGGGGGACGGAGGGCGAGGUCGAGAUAGAGCGAUAGAUACGGG